AUGCUCAUCCACACGCUCGUUCUAGCACUUGCCGCCAUCCGCGCCUCCGCCAUCGACUGCACUGGCGCCGACAAGGCAAAGUGUACCGAUGUCGUAUUACGCUCCUUGGACUGCUUUCACAACGCCGGUAGCAAGAACUGCACCACCACAUGCAGUACCGACAACUACAACUUCUUCGUCGACUGCGUCCAGUGCGAGCUGGACAUCGAAUACGCCAAGCCGCCUCCACCUCCUUAUCCACCCGUCCCGAACAUAUACACCGGCGACAGCUACUACUACGACAACGCGACGACCUAUGUGCGUGGUCAGAACAUGAUCUGCAGACACAGUGUUGGCGUCCCAUCCGGCGCCAAGAACAUCUCCGAGCCACCUCUGCCCGCGCCCUUGCCGGCCAACAUGGUUGGCCGCCCGCGCACCUGUACAUGGGUCUGUGAUCAAGUGUAUGACGAGGGUGCUCCUACCCUGGACGCCGUCAAGAAGUGCCUCGGCCCAGCAGCGAACCGUACCCAAGCGGACUGCGACACGGCCAACAAGGCAGUCUGCAACCAAACGGCGUUCGACCAGCGCGCAGCCUGCUACCAGUGCCAGUUCUCAUCUGCCAGCUCGAUCGAUUGGGCGAACAAGACGGAUAAUCAGGAGAUGGCACGGCAAGAACUCGACCAGAUGGUCCAAGGCUGCGGCGUCCUCGGCCACAAUAUCACCAACAGGCCACUGUACACACAGUGGCCCCUGCCGACUGACCCCGCGCUCGCGUUGUCCGUCACUGCGCAAGAGAAUAUCGACACGAUAGCCAAGUGCUUCCAGUGUCGCUUGUCCUCGGCCAACAAGGGAGACUUUAGAAAUCGCACAUCCGACGGCGAGCAGGCGCGCCAGCAUCUCGACGAGGUCAUCCAGAUCUGCCAUGACCGAGGCAAACCCGUCUCCAACGUCCCCCUCUACACCCAGUUCCCGAUCCCGAGUGACCCCGCGCUCGCGAUGCACGUCGAAGCGACAACGACUUACACCAAAUAUGAGACGCCCACCCCGACAGUUUCAGACCCGCCACUCACGUUCAGCAACCCUUCCACCAACGUUACCCUCUACAGCCGCUGCGAGCAGUGCAGCCUCGACAAAUGGGGGGACCCCAUCCUGGCCGAAGGACCGGGUGACAGCGCCGACUUUGCAUGGUUUGACAAGGGAUACGUCGAGUUCAACGUCGCGUGCUCGUCGGCUGGAUUCCCGUGGCAGGCGACGCCGACGCUCACCGAGCCGCCACUCAAGACACCGCUGCCGGCCUCGAUGAGCGGACGCCCGCGCUCGUGCGAGUGGCUGUGCGCCAACAACGACCAGCUGCUAAUCAAGGGCCGACAGGAGUUCGGCUGCAAGCCUGGCGCAACGUGCAAGAAUCUCGACGAGCUCUGUAAUCAAGCGACCAUCGACAGGCUCGGCCAGUGCGCGCAGUGCCGCUUCAUAUCGGCCAACAGCGGCGACAAGAAGUUGAACAACGUCGAAAACGUCGGCAUUCUCAACGAGGCCGUCCAGGUGUGCAACGCCCGAGGAGCCGCGUUCACCACGCCCGUGGUGUACACCGAGUUCCCGGUACCCACCGACCCGGCCAAGGCGCUGCAGGUGACGGCUACCAGGACAUGGGGGUCGGCUGGCGCCGCGGGAACGGGGACGGCGACGGGCCCGUCCCAGUCCACGUCCACCGCCACUGCCAGGCCUGCGUCGGGUGCGACUAGCGCCAGGUGGCAUUCCGUGGCUUCGGUUGUGGCGGCGGCUGUGGGGGCAUAUCUUAUCAUUUGA